AUGCCAGCGUCGGGCGGCGAUGGGGUCAUUGCAGAGGUGGUUAUUUCUACGCGUAAAUGUGAACGAGUGACUGCUAGCUGUUGCGAGGCAUCAUUCCGUCUCUCCGCGGUUGCGACGCUACUUUAUACGCAUGGAUAUGCCACAGGACUGGUUCCGGCGUUGGUUGCCAACGUGGCAGCAAUGAAGGUGUUGUUGGAUCGUGUAUUACGAGUAAAGCUGGAAACUCAGGCGAAAGCUGUACUCUGCGAAGCAGCCUUGUGUCCGAGGUCGCCUCCUUGGAUCGUCAAAGCAUGUGCAGUGUGGCGGCCGCGGCGUUUGGCUUGUGCGUCGCUGCUCAAGCUGCAGAAACAACAACAUAAUGCGUCGAGCAACUGCAAGAAAGUGACGGCACUUGGAAGGUGGUCGCGAAGGUUACACGGAAGUCUUAUGAGUAACGGCAAGUGCCAGCGCAGGUUCUUGACGACACCCGUCCUCGUUGCUUUAACAGAUUCAAGUGUAGGAGAUACUCAGCGCAAUAGACGAUGUGGCGUGUAG